AUGACUCCGUUAUUUGAAAAUGAACAGAAUGGGAGAAACAAAACUGACGCUGUAAUAUCGAGAACAUCACCCACAAAACGCUCAGGUGCUGGACACUGGCUUGUUGCUUACAGGAAAGCAGAGGAAGUCCACUGUACAGAUGUGUACAGGAGAGUGAAAGAAACUCACAAAAGGCAGAAGAAUGUGCGGUCUGAAGACAAGACUUUAGAUAAAGACUUACUGCUCAGACUUCACUGUGUAGAUGAACCUUUUGAGUUGAGCGCUGUGAUAAUACCUGAGCAGAACUUAAAUGAUGUGAAUUGUGAAGAUUUACAUUUGUUUUAUAAUGUCAUUGAGCUGGAUGCAUCUUUAAACUCCCUGUCUUUAGGUCAUUUUAGGAGUUUUGUGUCUCUGAGAGAGCUCAACCUGUCUCUGAACAGACUGCAGGGCAUGGAAUUUGAUCCGGAUGACUUUCCACACUUAGAGGUUUUGGACCUGUCCUACAACAGCGUAUCCUCGUCUGCUGUCGCUGCUCUCGGGCGUCUGCCACGACUCAGAGUCCUCUAUUUGACUGAAAACCAGCUUUCUCAGUUUCCCUCUGAUCCGAGUCUCUCCAACCACACGUCUCAUCCAACCUCACAAGAGAACAACACACAUUUUAAAAGUCUUGAAGUCCUGAUGCUUGAUGAUAAUAUUCUAUCUUCUGACAUUUUCAACUCCCUGAAAAAUCUGAAGAGAUUGAAGUACUUAAAUCUGAAGGGGAACUACGUUUGUGAGGUCCCGUUAUUGGAGAUGUUGGAUCACGUACAACCAGAGCAGACUUUGAGUGAACAGAACAAGAGUGAUUCUGAUGGAAAUGUCAGUGAAAACUUACUGAAACUCAUGCAGUUUUUUCAACAGAAGGACUGGGACGACUACAAAGAGACCAGCUUUCCUUGCCCAGAACUCCAGUUUCUUAAUUUGUCCGGCAACAAGAUCGCUGAGGAAGAGGCGCUGUUGGCUGUGGCCCUGUUCCCAGCGCUUUGUGAAAUCAACAUCAGCUCCAAUCCCCUGACCACACGUAGAAGUGGAGAUCCACCUCUGCUGACGUACUACCUCCAGGACAAACUCGGCGUGAAGAUAAAGAGAAAAAAUGAGGAGUUAAAAAAGUCAACAAAAGUCCACUUUGAGCCAAAAUGGAAGACAUGUGAAAAGAUACCAAGUGUUUUAAAAAAGACACAAAUGCUAAAUCGUCAAACUCCAGAUGAAACAAAGACCGAGAUCAAUGAACAGCAAACACCACAGCCUUUUUUUGUCACCGAGAUUGGUGAUUUAGAACUGGAGUCUGCAGAAAACAACACUGUGGACCUCACAUUAGUGGAGCCCAUCGGAAUUCAAACAGCUGUUCAAAUGUUGGAGCACACGCUGAAGAAUCUUAAUGUUUAUAGAGACUCAAAACCCAAACUUGAUAGCAUCCAGACACCCUACAGAGAGCGAGCAAAAAGGAUUAAGGCGCUCCUGCCUUGGCCUGCUCCGCCACUAAAACAACAAAGUAAAAAGCUGGACCGAAUGAUUGAGGAAAUAAAACGUACUAAGACAAUGAGAGAAGUACCUUUAACUAAAAUACUGAAAAGAGAAGGCUGCAACAAACAGGACUAUAAGGAAGCACUGUGUCUGCUGAAGGACAUGAAGGACAAAUACAAGAUGGUCCACAGGAAAACAAUGGAACAAGCCGCAAGUCUUGGAUCAGAGCAUCCCACAAACCCGUCCAACUACACAUGA